GCGAAGCUGCUGCUUUGAGUUCGCAAGAAAUCGUCUCUCAGCUCUACAGCCGACUGAAGAGCUUGGGCGAAAAGGCUCCAAAGUACCUGGAAGAACUGAGCAGAAAAUUCGAAGCCAACAACGAGACGCGUCCAGGAUUUUCAACGGACGGUGCCUUGGACUUGGGACACUUAGGGACGCAGGGGCGCCAAUACAAGAAGCCCCUGGUGAACUUCAAUAAGGACAUUGAUAACAGGAAGAAACGGGAAGUGAUGGGAGCUUAUGUGGACUUGAACAGGGACGACAGCGAGAACAACAACGCCAACGAAGAUGGAUUUGUUCAAGCUCCUGAUGGCAUAGCCGACCAUCGGGGAAUGUUAAACGAAACUACUGAUCACGAUAUGAGCAACAGCGAGUUUUGGUCGUCCUUUUCCAGCUCGGAAGAAGCUUUGCUCAACUGUGAGGGCCUGAUUUUGAAUUUACCUCUCACGCCGCACCACAAUUGCAGAAGCGACCUGUCCGAACAAGAAGCCGAGGAAACGUAUUUGGCCAACUCCAUUACCUACCGGGUUCCCGUGAAUGGCUACUAUUUCUUCGUGUUCAACAGUGAAAAUGAGGUGCAACCGAACUACCUCCGGGUGCAGUUUCACAUCAACAAAGCGGUUUAUAAUCUAACGGAUCCAGUGGCGGUGUGUGUAAACUCCUCGAAUAUGUGCGAGGUGGAUUUGAAGUUUUUCUCAUCGGAAAAACUGGUAUUAGAGUUACCCGUCUUGGGCAAUGAUACUCUGUGGAACGAAGAGUUCAUCAUUGAGUCCGAGUGCGAGCCGAGAACUGCACUGUAUGCAAUUUGUGUGAUAGCUGUUCCUGUUAUUAUUAUUUUGUUUGCAUUUUCUUGAAUGGGAAAACUGUGAUUGAAGCACUCGAGAGCUGAAGAGUGGUGUUCUUCAGACUGGGGCUGUAAAUAGAUAUUAUUAUUUUCCA